AUGAACAUUCCCAACUCGUCGACGGCACCAGCUGCAGGCGAGUACGCCGGAGGUAUUCACACCACCACGAAGCUUCACACCACUCUAGAUGAGGUCUCCGCGAUCGUGCUCGACCCCGGCUACUGGGCCACACGCGCCGGCUUCGCUGGCGAGGAUGUGCCCAAAUCCGUCUGCCCUUCCUUCUACGGCCAGCGCGACACCGAUGCAGGCCCGCAGUACGCAUUUGGCGAGAACGCGAUACACAACCCCGGCGACAACCUCAACAUCAAGAACUACUGGGGCUCAGACGGCAUAGUGGAGGACUGGGACACGGCCGCGAAGCUCUGGGAAUAUGCCAUCACCAACAGGCUCACGGGCGCAAAAGCAACGGACCCCUCAAAGAACGGGCUCAACGACGGCACCGACCCCAAUGGCGAGCAAAUGGACGUGGAAAUGGACAAUCUGGACAACCAAGAGAAGCCCCUCGACGAGAGCCCGCUGCUCGUAACAGAACCAGGCUGGAACAGCGCAAAAGCACGGGAAAAGUACAUUGAGAUCGCAAUGGAAGACUGGGGCGCGCCCGCCUUCUUCCUGCAAAAGACCGGCGUCCUCGCUGCCUUUGCAUCAGGAAAGGCCUCGGGCAUCAUCAUCGACGUGGGCGCCUCUCACACCUCCGUCACCCCCGUCCUCGACGGUAUGGUCCUGCGCAAAGGCGUGCAAAAAUCUCCCCUCGCAGGCAACUUCGUCUCCUCGCAGAUCCGCCACAUGUUCAAGCAAUCGACGCCCGAAGUCCCACUGACUCCACACUACAUGGUCAAAUCCAAGUCCCCCGUCGACGCCGGCGCCCCCGCCCAAGCAACGUACAAAACCUAUCAGACCCCACCCACGGACUCCUUCCGCCUCAAUGAAGAAGAGCGCGUCCUCACGGAAUUCAAGGAGAGUGUUGUCGAGGUCUGGCCCGGCCCGGGUCGCUUCAGCAACGGCUCGAACGAGGAGAUUGCACGCAAUGCCCCUGGUAGGCCGUUCGAGAUGCCAGAUGGCUGGAACCAGGUCUUUUCGUCGGAGCGCUUCCGCGCGGCCGAGGGCCUGUUCGAUGCUUCUGCGGCAUACACGUCUGAGACCUCACCCAAACCCAAGGACGAACACACCAUCCCGCGCCUCGUCCAGGCCGCCGUGCAACAAGUCGACGCCGAUCAGCGGCCGUUGCUGCUUGCGAACAUUGUGGUCACGGGCGGAAGCACGCUGAUGUACAAGUUCAACGAUAGGCUGAAUUACGAAAUCAAUAGCAUCUACCCAAGCACGAGGAAUAAGCUGAUCGCCCCGGGAAGCGUCGUGGAGCGCAAGUAUGCGGCGUGGAUUGGUGGCAGCAUCCUGGCGAGCUUGGGCAGCUUCCAUCAGCUGUGGAUUUCGAGGAAGGAGUAUGAGGAACAUGGCGCUGGUAUCGUGGAGAAGAGAUGUCGGUAG